CUUUAAACCAAAAUCGCAGCAAACAACGUAAAUAAGAAGUUUGGCCAUUGUGGAACAUCGGCGACGCAAUUUCAGGCGUCAUCGACGUUGAUUCAGACAUGGCGUCGAGCAGAAGAUGGCGUAGGCAGGGAUGGUUUGCGUCGGAGUGGUUUUGUGGCUGAGGCGACGUCAACGACGCAAAUUCCGGCGUCCCCGACGGCCGGUUGAAGGUUUGCGUCGAAGGAAUGUGGCGUAGGCAGCCACAUAUGGCGUCUGGGGGAGUUGCAGACGGAGCCGGCGUCGACGACGCAUAUGGUGGCAUCGCCGACGGUGAAACCAAAGUGGCGUCGACCACAUUCAGCGUAGACAGCCACAUAUGGCGUCAGCUGAUUUUUGAGGAAUGAGGUGGCGUCGCCGACGCGGAUAGACCGUCGCCAACGCGGCUCGGUUGAGGCUGUCGCCAAUCUCUUCAAACAUCUCGUUUGUAUUGAACCAAAUCACCCAAACCUUUAAAAAACCCAACCCGAACACAUUAUAUCACCACAUAACAAACCCGAAUUCAACCAAACAUCAUCCUAAAUCUAAUUAAUACCACCGAUCUCCUUCUCUCUCUUUCAUUCAUCUUCAUCUUCUCCACAAACUCACAUGAACCCUAAUCUUCUCACGUCCAUAACUCCCUAAAUUCUCAGCCGAUUCAAGUGAUUCUUGAGCCUAAAGUGUGUAGAUUUUCGAGAGCAACAAAACCCCCAUCUCAAUUUUUAGUAAUUUUUUUGCUUAUUUGCAAGAUAUUAGGGCUGCAAAUUUUGGGUUUUGAAAGGGUGUGGACCAUUUACUUGUUGUUACAUCUUUCUACAGCUCUUUUUCUUCUACAUUGCUAAAGACAUGGCUAGCCGUAAACGAUCAAAGACAACUGAUGCAGAAGCUUCACCAUCAAGUAGUGUCUCAGCUAAAUGGCAGCAACGUUGCAAUUUGCCAGAUAUAGAAGACAAACUGUUUAAGCAGAACUGGGAUUGGUUUAGAUACAAUGACAACGUUUGGGGCCCAAUGGGACCAAAACCAAAAUAAACCAUUGUAUCGCUUUAACAACAAACAAACGAAGAUCAAGUUAUGGCAAUACAAAGUUUGUGUAUGUGAAAGAGUGGUGAAUGAGAAGGAAUUUAGACAAAUUGGGAUUACACAGAGGUUCGAAAGGUUGGGAUGGGAGAGAACCCUUGAUUGGUGCGAGGUUGUAACUCGAAGAGUUUACUUGAAGGCGGUAACAAAUUGGUAUUCCUUAUUACGGUUAGAGAACGAGGAUGAGCAUCCUAGUCAGUGGCGAUUGGUAGGUGAUACUGGAAAAGGGUCCAUGACGAUGAGCUUUGAAACUAUGAACCAAAUUGGAGAUUUUGACUUUUUGGGGGUAGAUAAUUACUUCUAUUAUUCAACCAACACAUUCUAGUCUGGCGAAUUGGUUCAAGCUGAUCCAGUCGGUCUAAUGGAGAUUACUCUACCCAAUUAUACCACUGGUAGAUACGACCGAAACCAUCUGUUAUGUGAAGGGAAAAUUUUGCAGAAUAUCUCCUUAGAAAACAUCAUGGUUAGAUUGGGAAAUCGUGGGAAGCUGCGAAUGUGGGACCUCCGCAUAUUACACGCAGUACUUGUCGGGACACCCAAAUUGUCAUGGCGUCAUAUAACCAUGAUGAACAUUUCGGACACGAGGAAUCAAUACAAGAGAAAGAUGAUUCCCUGUGUUCGCCUGAUCAGUGCUAUGAUUUUUCAGCAGAACCGUUUGAAAGAUAACUCACUAUGGAUACUCAAGGGUAUUGAUACGAUCGAUUUUGCCCAGCUAAGAUCAGGCGUAAACAUAUAUGCGGAGGUGCUAAAUAAGAAGGCUAAGCUAGUGGAUCGAAAGACUGGUUUUCAGUUUGAGUAUGUGCAGAGGAAUGAGGAUGAAGAAAUGGGAGAAGGUGAUGGAGGAGAUGGCGAAGAAGAAGAGGCAGGCGAGGAAGAAGAUAGGGGGCGAAGGCCCCCUAGGCAAAGGUAUGCGAGGCGACAUAAUGAAUCGUCACACACGGUGGCGCAGUUCAUCAACAAUCGACGAAGAGUAGCCUACGCCAGUUACCCUCUUGGGACACAGGAUACAUAUGAUAACGUUUCCGCGGUUAUGGGGGAAAACCGUGAGCUUUAUGAGAAGAGACAUCAAUGGGAGCAUGACUUCUUCACCCAACAACAAAAUUAGUGGAUUGCCGAAGCCGCCCACCGGGCGAGGUGGUAAAACACAUGGAAGAGCAGCAGAUGCAACAAGCGCUCCAAAGAUCCCAAAUGGAGCGAUUGAUACAAAUGCAGGAGGAAGAGACGGCCCGAAGACGGGCAUGGGAGGAAAGGGAAGAGAAACAGCGAAACGAGCGGAAUACAUUGGAAGACCACCGCUGGAGUGCUUUAUACGUCUCUAAUGAAAUAGCCAUAAACAACGCCAAGGUCCUCCACGAUCAGGAGCGACAUCAGAGAGACUAUGAAGCAGGCCUUCCCUAUAUAGAACACGCGGGGUGGACCGAUUACUCCAACCUCCGUGUUCCACGAGGCCCAUCUUAUCCAUCACCUCAUUGGCCCGAGGCAGUUGGAUUCAGUUUCAACCCGAUAACAUAUUAGCCGCUAGCACAAGGUGAGCCGGGUCCCCUCGAUAACUACCGGGAGAUGUUCAAGGCCCUCACUGGUUACCCAUACCAGUCGAACCCGCCAGUUGACCUGAAUGAGAGAUAUCAGCGGUGAGGGCGAGGUAUGUAUUUUGUUGUUGUUAUUGUAUA